AGACAAGGUAAUGAUCGUCUUGGACAGCGGCUGCGUGCCAAAAUUGCAACUUCGGCGAAUUGUAUAGCCAAGUCUUGUGGCGCUUUUCAUUCGCUGUAAUCAAUCACUGUAGCGCUCUCGCUCAGGUACACACAGGGUCAAGCGAGGCCUUGCAUCAUACCAUGAAGAGAUACGAAGCAGAGCGAAUAGUUGAGGCAUGCCCGGUACUAGGAAUAGCAUGUCGCACAUGUUUGCCGGCGUCUUUAGCGUCUGGGGCUGGAAAGUACGCAUUUGGACAACCCCAAUGGCUCCUCAUCAUGCAAAUCCCUUCGUACUGCUCAACGACAACUUGCCUACCUUAGUCCCUCGAUUUCUUCCACCGACAAACUCCUCAAACCUUCAGUCGCAUAUUCAGGUCUAUGCCAUCCCAUACGGCGUCCUGGGAGUCGUCUCGCACGCUUUGACUUUCUACGUUAUCUUCUGCCAUAUGCUCGGCCGCUGUCCUCUUCUUCCAUGGCAGCCCCUCAAGAAGACGACUUGGAACAUUUGCAUAGUCUCGCUUUCUUCCCUUGUCUCUGUCAUCCUAUCAGCCGUGACGAUGGCAAGAAGCAGGGGCUCGCAGCCACUGAUGAUCCUUGCGGGGAUGCAGAUCGUUCUGGGGGUUUUGGUGGACGCUGUGCAUGUGCACCGGCUGAUCAUCGAUACCGAUGAAUGGAGCAAUAGUCUGGGUCUAUGGGGUGUGCCGAUGGUACUUACCGGUGUGUUCUCUAUCUGGGCGUUCUAUCAGUUUCCUCACACAGAAGAAAGUGGGAAUAUCGGCAACGUCUUGAAAUCAAUCGCGUUCCUCGUCUUGCUUGCGUGGCUCGGGCUUACGGGGCUGGUGACAGCCUUCAAUUUCAUCUGGACUGCAGUGUCUUUGUUCAAAAAUUCGAUAAUUUUUGCUGUUCCGGCAAUACUCUUUAGCUGCGCGCUGUUUUGGUUUGGCGAUUUCGGCAUUGCGACGGUGAGCAAGAACACGAUUGGAACGCCCUCAAAGCAGGUCACCGCCUUAUAUUACAGCUUCUGGCUCGUGGAGAAACUUCCACUCUUCACAUUUUGAUCCGCAAAGUCUUUUCGUUCGAACGAACGCGAUCUUGCACAAUCAGAACGAACUCUGGGAAUACUCGGACGACUGGAAGUGCUGUACUCAGGCAAUAUCGAGCCGCCUUUCCCCAUUGGCUGCGUCUCAACCUAUGUAGGAGGAUGCAGAGAUUUGCAGGGGGCUUCGGGCGGAAGGACUAACACUAUAAAGC